CCCGAAACAGGUCGAAGAAAAGGACGAGGUCUCGUACUCGCUGUCAAACUGCUCCUGCAGCUGAACGGCGAGCAGAAAAUCCUCAUCCAUUACAACAGAAGGGGGCGGCGGAGGGUGUCAACCAGUUUACAGCUUCCUGUUUGGGUUGCAAGCGGAAAUGAGCCGAGGAGCCCGGACGAACUCUCCUUCUGUCCACAUUCGUCCCCAGCUUGUAAACAUUUAGUCUCAAUAGGUGAUCGCACACACGACAGAAGAUGUCGGAAACGGGAAACCGACUGCGGAAACUGCUCGAAUCGCCCAACUUCGACCCGCAAAAUUACGUCAAGCAGCUGUCGCAGCAGUCCGACGGCGACAGAGAUCUGCAGGAGCAUCGUCAAAAGAUCCAAAACCUGGCCGACGAAACGGCUCAAAACCUGAAGAAAAAUGUCUACAAGAACUACAGGCAGUUCAUCGAGACGGCCAAAGAGAUCUCCUACCUGGAGAGUGAAAUGUACCAGCUGAGCCACAUCCUGACAGAGCAGAAGAGCAUCAUGGAGAGCAUCACUCAGGCCUUGCUGUCCACUGACAAGGACGAGACCUCCAAGGAGAUGCAGGCUGCUUUCCCCAAAGAAACGGAGGAGCUGAAGCAGAGGACGCUCACCUCCCUGCUGGAGAAAGUGGAGGGGGGCAAAAACAUUAUGGACACCCCCGGGAGGCACCUUGUCUACAACGGCGACCUGGUGGAGUUCGAUGUGGACAACAUGUCCCCCAUCCAGAAGGUGCACGCGUUCCUCAUGAAUGACUGCCUGUUGAUCGCCACCUGGCUGCCGAACCGUAGAGGCACUGUGAAGUAUAAAUACAACGCCUUGUACGACCUGGAGAGCUUUGCCGUGGUCAACGUAAAAGACAACCCUCCCAUGAAGGACAUGUUCAAGAUCCUCAUGUUCCCGGACAGCCGCAUCUUCCAGGCGGAGAACAGCAAAAUCAAGAAGGAGUGGCUGGAGAUCCUGGACGAAACCAAGAAGAACAAAGUCACCAAGGACAGGCACGAGAAAGAGGAGGAGGCCCCUACUUCUCCUGUUAGACCUGAAGUGUCCACCAAUCCUUUCGAACAGGACGAUGACGAGCCAGCUGACGCCGAAGAGUGCGUGGACCUCAGCCUCGAGUGGAUCCAGGAGCUGCCGGAGGAUCUGGACGUCUGCAUCGCCCAGAGAGACUUUGAGGGCGCUGUGGACCUGCUGGACAAGCUCAACGAGUAUCUCAGGGACCAGCCGGUCACACAGAGGGUCAAAGAGCUCCGGGCGAAGGUGGACGAGCGUGUGCGGCAGCUGACAGAGGUCCUGGUGUUCGAGUUGUCUCCAGAUCGCUCGCUUCGGGGAGGACCUAAAGCCACCCGGCGGGCUGUGUCCCAGCUGAUCAGACUAGGCCAGUCCACAAAGGCCUGUGAGCUGUUUCUGAAGAACCGUGCUGCCGCCGUCCAGACAGCCAUACGCCAGCUGCGCAUCGAGGGAGCCACGCUGCUCUACAUCCACAAACUCUGCAACAUCUUCUUCACCGGCUUGCUGGAGACGGCCAAGGAGUUUGAAAUGGAUUUCGCAGGAAACACGGGCUGCUACUCCGCCUUCGUGGUCUGGUCCAAGUCAGCCAUGCGGAUGUUUGUGGACGCCUUCAGCAAACAGGUGUUUGACAGCAAGGAGAGUCUGUCGACGGCGGCAGAGUGCGUCAAAGUGGCUAAGGAACAUUGUCAACAGCUGACUGAGAUCGGCCUGGACCUGACCUUCACCCUGCAGUCCCUGCUGGUCAAAGACAUCAGGGCGGCCCUGCAGAGCUACAAGGACAUCAUCAUCGAAGCCACCAAGCACCGAAACUCCGAGGAGAUGUGGAGGAGGAUGAACCUUAUGACCCCUGAGGCUCUGGCUAAGCUCAAGGACGAGAUGCGCGGCUGUGGCAUGGGCAGUUUCGAGCAGUACACCGGGGAUGACUGCUGGGUGAACCUGAGCUACACCAUCGUGGCCUUCACAAAGCAAAUGAUGAGCUUCUUGGAGGAAGGCCUGAAACUCUACUUCCCCGAGCUGCACAUGGUGCUGCUGGAGAGCCUGAGGGAGAUCAUCCUGGUGGCCGUGCAGCACGUGGACUACAGCCUCCGCUGUGAGCAGGAUCCCGAGAAGAAGGCCUUCAUCCUGCAGAACGCCACCUUCCUCCACGACACCGUGCUGCCCGUGGUGGAGCGGAGGUUCGAGGAGGGCGUGGGCAAGCCGGCCAAACAGCUGCAGGACCUGAGGAAGAGCACCAGGCCGGUUCGAAUCAAUCCGGAGAGCACCACAUCUGUGGUCUGAGACUGCGACAAGCCCGAAGAUACGGAUAUUUUUAGACCCCGCUCACGAUUCAACCACAUGAUUGUUCUCUCUGCUUCACAGCUCAUCUCAUUAUAAUCGCGGAUGUGAUCGAGGGCUCGAGGAAAGCCCCGGGUGAAGUUAUCAGCUUAUCCCCAGAAAAGAAGCAUCAGGCCGGGGGGAUUAUGCGAGAGGAAUUCAUCCAGUCAACACUCUGCGGGAAAAACACAGUAAACAGUUCACGUGAUGAAUAGAUGGUAGUUUUGGUUCUCUGGUCGCCCCAAGGCUCCAGGCUCUCUGCUUCAUCUCAGCAUCUUCAUCCAGGAUGCCUGAGACAGUUCCUCUUCAGCCACAGCAUAAAAACAAGAUGACAUUUUUAGAUGCUUGUUUCCAGCCUCGUCUCGCUUCACAUUCGCACAGCUCUGCUUGUUUACAGAUGGCAGAUGGCAGAAGGCUGAUUUAACCUGUCAGGGGUGAAUUCUCCUCCACAGAUAUAGUGACACGGGUUUUUUUUUAUUUAUUUAUUUUUUUUUAAAUUUGACAGGCACUCUGGUGAAAUAAAUAAUUGUAUGAAUCCAUCACUGACUACUGAUCAAAUUCUAAACUGUCCAGAGUGCUUUACUUACCGUAUAGCGUUGUUUUAAAGGGUGUACUCAUCUGUUACUUUUGUAUAUUUAUCAACAGUAGUGCAAAGUAACUAAGUGCAUUUACUCCAGUACUGUACAUUUACUGUAAUUUCCAUUUUGUGCUACCUUAUACUUACACUCCACUACAUUUCAGAGGUAAAUUUUACACCUUCUAUCCCACUUGUUUUACUUGAUAACUUUGAUUAACAGUAACCUUGCAGAU